UGUUCAGAAAUUAAAAGUGGGGCACCAGGCCAAAAUAGAUUGGUGGCCACCUAUCGGCAAUGGCCGUUACUUUUAUAUUCACCCACACACACACAUAAUAGACCUGCUCACUUCUCUUUGAUGGCUUCGUCGUGUGUCUUUUGCCAUGAUUAGAUAGAGCCUUUUUCGUUAGAAACUAACUCUGUGGCGAGUAAUUGCAUUAAAGUCUUGAUGGUUAAUUUCUUGCUCAUCGCUACCAUUAAUUUGUUGAACCGUUUUUUGAGACGGUACGAGACCAAAGCGUCUGCUUGUCAUUUCGUCGUUCAUGUUUGACACAGAAGCGACCAAAUUGAGGCCUCUCUCUUCUGUUCUGCAGGUUGUAUAACAACAACAGUUCCAGCGGAAUGUAACAAAACAAACACUCGGUCAAGAGCAUUGACAAAUUGAUGAUCCUCAAAGGAUUUCCGAAGCACGCCACUAGGCUCAAGGAAAGACAACAACCUGGGCUCCAAUAGAUUGCCAGUUGCUUUUCUGCCAUCCACCAGUCAGGAUCUGUCCUACCCACCCUUGCCUCAUGCCAAAGGAGCAGCAUCAACUCUGGAUCUUCAUUCGCUGAUUAUUAUGUGCCAGUGAACUUUGCCACUUGUGGUUAUCCUCCUGUGAAUCUAUUUUUUUUUUGUGUUUGUGUCUAUUUCUCCCCCUACAAACAUCAUCUGAAAAUCAAGUUACACACAACCCCACACUGCUGCAAAGAUGAAGCCUGGUCUACCUGCCUCAGUCUCGCCCGCCGAGUACCAGUGGGCGUACUCGAUCGUCGAUUCGUCACGAGUUUCCACUUUCCUCAUUUCCAUCUUGCUCAUCGUUUACGGGAGUUUCAGAUCGCUGAAUCUGGAACAAGAAGCUCAAACCAAACAGUUGGAAAAGGACAAGGAGCGGGCCACGUUGACGGGCAUCACGACGCCGUCGGUCCCAUCAGAACCCAGUAUUUAUAGCUGUAAAUAUUCAAGCAGCAACCGCCUUGAUUCACUGACGUUGUUAUUCUUUCGCUCAGAUGUUCAGACGCUGGAUACCAUGCAAGCGCUCUGCCUGCCGCUGGGCGCUUCCGUUUCCCUGCUCGUCAUGUUCUUCUUCUUCGACUCGAUGCAGCUCCUCUUCGCCGUCUGCACGGCCAUUAUCGCCACGGUAGCUCUGGCAUUCCUAUUACUUCCCAUGUGUCAGUAUCUCAGCCGACCGUGCACUUCUGGAACAAAUAAAAUCUCAUUUGGCAUCUGCGGCCGUUUCACUGGGGCCGAGCUACUUUCCUUCAGCAUGGCCCUGACUAUUGUCUGCGUUUGGAUUCUCACCGGCCAUUGGCUCUUGAUGGACGCCAUGGGAAUGGGUUUGUGUGUGGCGUUCAUCGCUUUCGUCCGAUUGCCAAGCCUCAAAGUGUCGACGCUCUUGCUGACUGGCCUCCUCGUCUACGACGUUUUCUGGGUCUUUUUCUCCUCGUACAUUUUCAACGCCAACGUUAUGGUCAAAGUGGCCACCCGGCCGGCCGACAAUCCCGUCGGUGUCAUGGCCAAGAAGUUCCACUUUACUUCUGGGAUGGCCCGAGACGCCCCGAAACUUUCGCUGCCCGGCAAACUCGUCUUCCCCAGCAUGCAUAACGUCGGCCACUUUUCGAUGCUGGGCCUGGGCGACAUCGUCAUGCCCGGCUUGCUCCUGUGCUUCGUUCUACGCUACGACGCGUACAAGAAGUCGCAAUUGCUCCACUCGGCCGAGACGGGAGUGCCCCCGCCAAACCACUUCAACCGAAUCACGUACUUCCAUUGCUCGCUGAUUGGCUACUUCCUCGGAUUGCUGACAGCCACCGUUUCGUCCGAGUUCUUCAAAGCCGCCCAGCCUGCGUUGUUGUACCUGGUGCCAUUCACGCUACUGCCGCUCCUCGUCAUGGCUUAUCUCAAGGGUGAUUUAAGGCGGAUGUGGGAUGAACCGUUUAUUGCGCCUCCGCAACCCAAGCAGCUGCAUGUCUAGAUAAGCAAAACAAACAAAAAAAGACUCUAAAGAUACUAUAUUAUAUUAUACACAUCUUGAUUAGUUAUGAAUAUUUAGGUUACAUAGCAUCUGCAUCCCCUUCAAAAAUAAUAUCCCUGUUGUGUGUGUGCGUGUUACAAUACGUAGGCGAGAGAAAACUAACCGGCGAUUUUCAUUUCGGCUAGUGCCGGAAUUUUUUCUUUUCCGUUUGCUUUGAGAAAAACAAAAUAAUUCCGGCACGGAUGAACGACCGAGCUUUCAUUUUUUUUUUAUUAGAAAGAGAGGCGUGUUCAUCCAUAAAACAUUAGAGAAAGGGAGGAGUUGUUUUCUGGAAUUUAAAAAAAAUAAAUAAUAAUAGUUUGUUUGGGGAUAUCGCGGACUCCUAGUCAAAAGCCCAGCCGCCGGACCGAC